UUGAUAAAAAUCCAAUCAGGUGUUUUAAACACAACAAUUUCAAGUAUUUCUAGUUUUCUGGUUCUAGUUUUUCUCUCUCAUAAAUCAAUAUCAACAAUGAUGAGAUUCUGUUUGAGGCAGUCUAUGUCAGACUUGGGAAGGCUGAGGAAAGAAAUAGAUGUGGAAUCGACAAAAAUCAAACUCGCGAUACUCAAAUUCGAAGUCAGGGUUGAAAUGCUACAGCUUCCCAAAAAGGAAAUGGAAACACUUGUUUCAACUUUACGCAAAAUAUAUAUAAGCGUUCAUGAAAAACUACAGGCUGCGACAAGAUUGGACAACAGGUUUGAUUUCGACUCUAAGAAGCUUAGAAAAGCCUGGAUCCAAAACUGGUCGGAAGCCAAAGCCAUAUUGGAAAGGCUGGAAGAGAUCGUUGAAGAUAUCGAAAGGUCGGCUCCGGUCGAAGACGAAGACAGGAUGAACUUCUACCUGGAAGCGAUUCGCGAGGUCUUGGUCAACCCACCGCAAAUCUUCUUCGGCUCGUACAACGAUGAAGUCCCGUCUUCGAGGUCGAUGUCUAUAAUAAGUUCUUGCAUUUCCGAUACGGAUACUGUAUUUUCGGCCGAAGACGAGAAACCCUGGGUGGCGGAGUACCAGCUGACGUCUGGUUCCAGCAGGAGGCUUCCGAACCGUCCAGUCAGGAUCGAAUCUGGCGAUUACUCCCUUCAAAGUGACCUGUUUCACACCACUUCAUCUGAAAGUCAUUAUUCAUCUAAAGAAUCUAUUGUCUUCACUUCCUAAAUUACACUUACAUUAUGUCCACUUACCUCGUUAUUAAUAAAAAUAUGAGUAG